AUGAGGGGUGAAAUCAUGGGCUACACCAUAUGCGAAGAAAUUGGAAAAGGAGGUUUUGGAAAGGUAUAUAAGGUAAGAACAAAAGAAGACCAGAAAGCUUAUGCACUCAAAUUAGAAGACAACAAAGAGAAAGGAAGAAGAAACGUCAUAAUCAACGAAAUCCAGGCCUAUAAUGAACUUCAGGGAUGCGAUGAAAUUCCUCUUCUUGUAGACCAUGGAUUUCACCGGGCCUUGGCUUUCCUUGUCCUUCCCCUUUUCAGGUAUUCAUUGAAGGACAUACUAGAAAGACAUCCAAGGUUCUUCACUAGAAGAUCGGCCACUAUUGUCGCAAAGAAGCUUCUUGGCACCAUUGAAUUUAUACAUAAAAAAGGAAGGUUAUAUAGGGAUUUGAAGCCUGAGAAUGUCAUGUUUGAUUACAAUAACAAGGUGUAUCUAAUAGAUUUCGGAAUGUCUAUGCCAUAUCUUAGGAAAGAUGGAAGUCAUAUUCCUGAGAUAAGAGGUAAGAAUGUGUGUGGGACACUUUGGUAUAUGUCGAUAAAUACCCACAGGGGAGUGGAACAGUCAAGAAGAGAUGAUCUUGAAAGUCUGUUUUAUCUUUUAAUACUUCUAUACAAAUCAGGACUACCUUGGAUAGAGGUUGGAGCUUCGAUGUCAAAAAGGCAAAAGGCAAGAACAAGAGCGAUCAAAGAAGGUUUAUCUGUGUAUGAAUUGUGUGAUGGGAUAAGUGGAAAGGAAUAUCUUAUAAAGUUUUUCCAGUAUGUCAGAAACCUGAAAUUUUCAGAAAAGCCUGAUUAUCGAUAUUUGAAUAGUCUCUUAGAUGAAGUUCUCUACAGUGAAAAAGAAUUUCAAGGAUAUAAGGAAAUGAGCAGUGAGGACGGUAAAAGAAAUACUAAAAUGGGUUCUAUUUCAUUAUGGAGUAAAUUUAUCUCGAUUCUCAAUCCAUUUGUAAUAAGAUAG